AUGACCCUCUAUUACAGUCUGGUGUUCGCCAUAUUGGUGUCCGAGAUGGUGCUCUUCAUGGCCUUGGUCGUCCCAAUGCCUUUCACCAUCAAGCGAAAGAUGUUCAAUUUCAUCUCGGAAAGUCCCCUGGUAGCAAAACUACAAUAUGGGAUGAAGAUCACCUUCAUAUUCAUCCUCAUUCUUUUCCUCGACAGCGUCAACCGCGUUUACCGAGUCCAGAUCGAGAUGGCCUCCCUGAUGAAUGACACCACGGGCGCAGGGCGUGCUGCAGCAAUCGGCUCUGACCGGAUGGAGGUUCAAGCCCGCAAGUUCUACUCGCAACGCAACAUGUACUUGACUGGCUUCACGCUCUUCCUCUCUCUGAUCCUAAACCGAACGUACGGCAUGAUCCUCGAAGUCCUUCGUCUGGAAGAGAAGGUCAAGAUGUACGAGGGUGAUGCAAAAGCUGGUGGUGUCGAGGGAGAGAAGUUAGGCAAACACUACCGUGCCGACCAGAUUGGAGAACUGAAGAAGCAGUUGGACAAGAAAGACAAGGAACUGCAGGCAAUGAAGAGCCAGGCCGAGGGUCUGCAGAAAGCAUAUGACGAGUUGAGCGUCAAAUACAACCAGACCAACCCGAGUGAAGGUGACAAGAAGAGCAACUGA